AGCAGAGGUGGCCAGUGGCCAGUAGUCUGGUGACUAGCGAACUGUGUAGCUGUGCGAAGUGAGAGUAGGAGACCCAUUUGGAAAACGAAUGGAUUCUCAAUGGAGAUUCAACGGGACCGCCCUGAGGACACUGAUGGCCCAGGAGAGAGCCCAGUUGAUGGCCAAGGAGAGAGCUCAGAUAUUCUCCCUGUAUGAACAGGGACCCCGCAAAAGGCUCUUUGUUGAUAUUGGUGAUGAGCACAAAGACAAUGACGAGUUCAUCUCAGACAGGUUUGGCUUCUUGCGGGAGAAGCCACAGCCCCAGGACAGUGCCCUGGGGACUAAGCAAAGACGGACAGAGUCCCGGAGACUCAGAAAGUGGGUCAAAAUGUUGAAUAAUUAUAGCAAGUAUCACGGCAGUAAGAAGUUCCAGCAAAGAUGCUUCAAGGGAAUGCCCAGCGAGGUGCGGGGCAAAGAAUGGAAGCUAAUGCUGUCUGUGGACAUCAAGAAGGCACAGAACCCGGGGACAUUUGAGGUGCUGAAAGAGUAGGCCCGGCUGCACUGUGAUCAAGUCCAUGAGAUCGACACUGCGGUGCACUGGACAUUCAGAAAUCACCUGAUAUUCCAAGAAAGAUAUGGAAUGAAGCAACGGGCCUUAUUUGAAGUGCUGGUAGCCUAUGCCAUGUACAACCCCGAGGUGGGCUAUGGCCAGGGCCUGAGCCACAUAGCGGCACUGUUGCUUUUGUGGUUGAGUGAGGAAGAUGCAUUUUGGGCUUUGGUCCAGCUCAUGGAGAAUGAGAAAUACUUGAUGUCUGGUCUCUACAAGCCAGGAUCACCAAUGCUGAAGACACUCCAGGAGCACCUGGGACACAUCAUGCAUCGUACACUCCCGACUCUCGCAAAACACCUGGAGAAGCAGGGAGUGCGGCUCAGUGACACCAUUGCCCACUGGUUUACCCAAGGUUUCCUGGAUGAAGUGCCGUUCCCGCUGGCCCUGAGGAUUUGGGACAUUUUUAUAUUAGAAGGGACACACAUACUCACCACCAUGGCCUCUGUGGCCUUGAAACUGAACCAAAGUAAGUUCUCAGGGCCUAGAGAGGCCAGGGUGCCAGUGAAGGGAAGCGAGGGUCCCAUGCUGAUACACAAUGAACAGAGGUGGGGAUGAGGAGGUUUGACGAGCCCUAGGUCACCGGGGAGGGCACUGAGAAGCCUCCUGGGCUACCCCCAUCAGUCCA